UAAAACUUCCCACAGAAAAUAGUUUACAAUGUUUCAGGUUUUAUAAUCAUUUAUAUGAUUCUACAUUUAUUGUAGUUCCCGAAAUUUAGACUUGUGUCGACAAAAAUCCUUUAUAUUGGCAAACCUGAAGCUAAUAUUUCAGAAAUAUCAUAAUUAUGAAAGCUACUGAAAAGUUGGUAUCAACUAAUGCACUACUGAUGUCUGUUUCUCUUUUCAAAAUCCUAUUAGUUAGUUUAAACUUCAAGUACCUAUUCGCUUUUGAACCUAAAACCUUCUGCCAAAAUACUGGAGUAGAUAUAUGGAAUUUUGUACCCUGUGAUGAAUACUACCAACCAGAGAAUUGCAUUAAAGAUGAGGCUGCUUUUACAACUCUGGAGGACUUCGACAGAUGCAGUCCUUCCUACUUGUCAAAGUUAGGAAGAAAUUAUUACCUGGGAGCAUCAGGACAAAGAGAAACAUACAUGGAAAAUAAAAAAUCUUAUUUAAAGAUCAAAAUUAUCCCUCAAGCACUUCGAGAUGUAACUAAUUUUAGCACAAAAGUCACCGUCUUGGGUACAGAAGUCGGUUACCCAAUAGGCUUCUCUCCUGUCGGUCUUCAAAAGUUAGCUCAUCCUGAUGGCGAAUUGGCCACAAUAUCAGGUUUACAAAACUAUAAUGGUAUCUUGAUAAUGAGUAGCUAUGCCACGCAUACCAUUGAAGAUGUUGCUGAAAGAGCCAAUGGAUCCUCUUUAACCAUAUGGAUGCAGACUUACAUCUUGAGGAAUAUCUCCCAUACAUUGGAAAUUAUACGGAGAGCUGAAAGGAGUGGUUUCAAAGCAUUAGUCAUCACUGCAGAUGGAAAUCUGAAUCCUACAGAAACAUGUGGUGCUAGGAAUGGUUUGAUCCUUCCACAGGGAGUCGAAGUGAUUAAUGUUGGCAAGGACUUUUUAACUGCUAUGGCUCCAAAUGCAACAUUCGAUGACAUUGCAUUCAUCAAAAGUAGGACAAAUCUACCAAUUGUUGUUAAAGGAAUUCUGUCAACGAGAGAUGCAAUCAAAGCUAUCCAUGCGGGUGCUUCUGCUAUAUUGGUUUCGAACCAUGGAGGUAGACAGAUGGAUUAUUCUCCUGCCACGAUCGAUGUUUUACCUUUCAUUGUAGACACUGUAAAAAAAUAUUAUCCUCAUAUUGAAGUCUACGUAGAUGGAGGCAUACGAAAUGGUUAUGACAUUUACAAGGCUCUUGCAAGGGGUGCAAAAAUGGUUUUUCUGGGACGACCCAUAGUAUGGGGUUUAGCAUAUAAUGGCUCAAGUGGUGUCAAUCAAGUGGUGGAUAUUAUAACAAGUGAAUUUCAAGAAGUUAUGACUGUGUCAGGUCACACACAUCCUAGUCAAAUUGUCAGAGACAGUAUAUUGCCUCCUUUCCCAACAUUUUAGAGACGAAAUCAGGCGCCAACAUUUAUAAAUUCCUAAAUAAAUAAAAAAAAACUUCUUUCUCAUUUUUAAAGCAAUAAAAGUUUACUGAAACUUU